AGAGGCCUGUGUAGACCUGUUGGUCCGGAUCUUUACUCUACUGAUUCCCAUCAAUAAUAACAGUGAACAUAACAGUGAACUUUAAAACAAUCUUUUGAAGAAUGCCUUUAUUCUAACCUACUGUACUGUUUAUUCUAACCUACGAACAACUUUUUUAUUAAGUCAAAGUCAAAGCCGGAUGUUUUUGUCUCUGCAUCUCAAGAACAGAAAAAAAACUUUCACGUAACGUUUCUUAGCUGUUUCAGUGACGUAAUAUUUUAUAGGCUGAAAAUGCUUGGGCAGUAACUAUGCCUGCAGAACGGAAUGUACUGGCAAUUCUCUUCAGAAACUUUCUCAAGUCCAUCACUCCGAACCGCCCAUCCGGAAAUCUGGUGGGCUCUGACCAUUUUGGCAACAAGUACUACGAGGCGCCGGCGGACCCGUCGCGCGGGAAGCGCCACCCGCGGCGGUGGAUCGACCCGGCCGGCCAGCAGUUCGACCAGGAGAUGCCGGCAGAAUGGGAGGCCUGGCUGCGCCGGCGGCGCGCCCAGCCGCCCACCGACGACGAGGUCGCCCGCAACAGGGCCAUCAUGGAGCUGAAAAAGAUCAACGCCGCCAAACUGGCCGAACAGCGCGGGGAAGUGAGCGAACCAGCGAAACCCGAGCGGCCGUCGGCGUUCCCCGUCUGGGAGGAAUACGAGGUCGAGCCGGGCCAGAAGAACUCCAAGUAUAAAAUAAAAUAGGAUUGUCAGUUCUGAUUGUUUGUUAUGCGGUGCUAUCUAUUGUACUUGCCGGGUGGUUGCUACGAAGUGUCUGUGAUCUGUACUGAAUGAUAAAAUGAUAUAGCUCCUCGUCUUUA